AUGUUCUCACAAAUCUCAAUAAUCUACAUUAGACUUACGGACAUCCAGUCCAUUCACAGGAUCGCGUUGGCCCUAUGUCGUUUGGAGGACAGAAGAGCUGAGCGGGCAGAAAUAUUAAGCAGUACAGCAGCCAUGGCAAACAGAGGACCCAGUUACGGACUGAGUCGGGAGGUGCAGGAAAAGAUAGAUCAGAAGUACGACCCUGAGCUGGAGGCCCGCUUGGUGGACUGGAUCAUUGCACAGUGUGGGGGAAAUGUGGAGAGACCACAGCCUGGCAAGCAGAACUUCCAGAACUGGCUAAUGGAUGGAACACUUCUCUGCAGACUCAUUAACAGUCUGUAUCCUCGUGGCAAAGAGCCCAUAAAGAAGAUCCCAGAGACACAGAUGGCUUUCAGACAGAUGGAGAAGAUCUCACAGUUCCUAAAAGCAGCCGAGGCCUACGGGGUGAUUUCCACCGACAUCUUUCAAACCGUUGACUUGUGGGAAGGGAAGGACAUGGCUGCUGUGCAGAGAACCUUGAUGGCUCUGGGGAGUGUCGCCCUCACAAAGGAUGAUGGGUACUACCGUGGCGACCGUGACUGGUUCCACAGGAAAGCACAGGGUCAUCGGCGUGAGUUUUCAGAGGAGCAGCUUCGUCAGGGCCAGAGCCUGAUCGGCCUGCAGAUGGGCAGCAAUCGCGGGGCGUCUCAGUCGGGCAUGACGGGCUAUGUGGGGGACACAGCGCAAGAAGGAGUCCAGCGGGACACCUGUUUGUGUGGACACCCCGGAAUCCCAGGUGACCCUGGCCACAAUGGGGCCCCAGGCCGGGACGGGCGAGACGGAGCCAAGGGCGAAAAAGGAGACCACGGUGAUCUUGGGACAUGUGGUCCGGCAGGAAAGGAUGGCACCAAAGGAGACAAAGGAGAACCAGGUGCUGCAGGUAUCAAGGGCAGACGAGGAGAGAAUGGGGAGCGAGGAUUUCCCGGGAAGUUGGGCCCACAGGGGGUUGUGGGGCCUGUGGGUCCUAAAGGACAGAAAGGAGAGCUGGGACUACCUGGCCCUCAGGGGGAGAAAGGUGAUGUAGGUCCUGAAGGGCCUAAGGGUCAUCAAGGAAGUAUCGGGUUUCAGGGAGAGAAAGGCUUCCCCGGUCCUAUGGGCCCCACCGGACGACAAGGCCCUAAGGGGGACAUAGGCCUCCCAGGGCAGAAGGGCAACAUUGGAUACAGAGGGGAGAGAGGGCCAAAGGGAGAAACAGGAGAAAAGGGAGUUGCCGGUGACAUGCCCGUCAUACCAAAGAGCGCAUUCUCCGUGGGCCUGACCGAGCACAGCAAACUCCCUCCCACGAACACUCCGAUACGCUUCGACAAAAUCAUCUACAACCAGCAGAGCCACUACGACCCUCAGUCCGGCAGGUUCAGCUGCGCCAUCAAGGGGGCCUACUACUUCACCUACCACAUCACAGUCUACUCUCGCAACGUGAAGGUGGCCCUGAUGAGGAACGGCAGGCGCAUUAUCCACACCAUGGACAACUACCAGAGCAGCGAGGACCAGGCAGCGGGAGGCACUGUGCUGCAUCUGGAGGUUGGAGACAAGGUGUGGCUUCAGGUGAUUGGUGGAGAGCUAUUCAACGGACUCUAUGCUGAUGAGGACGAUGACACCACCUUCUCUGGAUUUCUCUUGUUCGCAGACUGACGGCAGAACACACACAUCUUCCAUUCGUCCAAUUAUUUGAUGCAGAGAUACUGA